UCAGGCACCGGGGAUCCUGAGCCGUCGGAGCCGCCGGCUGCAUUGUUGAACCCGUAGCCAGAGGCGGAGGAUGCGCAGCCGUUGAUCCGGUUCUGCCGCGCGAACGUGACGGAGGAUUCCCGCCCGCACCGGCGCCUGCAAGCCCGUUGUUAAGUGCGUCUGGACACUGCGACCGGGAGCCGACGGGUCGACGGAGGCAUCGGUGACAAUCUCGGCAGGAAAGUGAAGCGUUAAAAUGGCACCCGCCGCGCGCGCCCGGCGACCGUAGACCGCCGCGAGGCAGGUGUGACGCAGCGGCCACCGGAGAGUUGGACGCCGCCCGGAUCCCGAGCUGAAGUUCAGCUCGUCAGCAGCUCCAUGUGUCCUCGCUGCGUUUUCUAGCAGCAGGUCGGGCCGAGCUCUUCACUCCGUCUCAGCUGAGGUGGCGUCAUGUCGGCGGCGCAGACCCAGAAAGAGAGCGGCGAGUCGGGAUGGAGCUGCCUGGAGGCUCUGGGUAUCAGUCAGAAGGAGCUGGUCCUGGCCGAGGCCCUACAGAUGGAGUAUGACGCCCUCUCUAGGCUCAAACAGGACAAGAGCGACUCAGGAACCAGCCAGAGCAGACCUGGAGCUCCCAGUCAGACCCGCUCCAAGACCCCCAACCCCUUUAUCGAGCGCCCCCGACCCACCCCUAGCCAGCCCAUUCCCGCCCACACAGGAGGGAGCCUGCUGAGGGGCCUCUCUGGAUCUGACCCCUCCCUGAACCAGCCCGGAGGGUCCCAGUCUCAACAUUCCAUACCAGCCAGGGCGCUCCCUCCUCAGGGAGGCUUCGUCACAGAGUCCCUGUACAUCCUGGAUGAUCCAGAAGUCAGCAAGGUGAGAGACUAUUCUGGCUCCAGCUUCGGGGACUCAAGUGGAUCUGGAUCAGGGUUUCAUCCCAAAGGAUUCCCUUCUCUUCUAGAUGACGUCCCGCCUGCCGUCCCACCCAGAAACCCUAUCCCCCCAUCGUCAGGGUCAGAGAACCCCUUCCUGCCCCCUCGGGGGUCCAAUGUCCCCCGAGACGUGAACCUGUUCACGCCCGACGUGGAUCGGCCCAAAGUGACGUCAGGAGAGCUGAACUAUGACAACAUCAACCACUCGUUGUCCAAACUCAACGAGAGCCGACAGGGGCCUCGAGGCCGGAGGGCCAACGGGGACCAAUCAGGGAAGCCUGUGGCUCGGAGUAAGACCCUCCCCCCUCAGGUCCCGCCCAGGACAUACAUUCCCGUUCCCAAGAGCAACAAGAACCAGCGGCGGGUUUCUGCAGAUCCGGUGUCUCUGGGCUCCAGGAUGAAUGGGUUUGGAUAUGAACUGUUCCAGGUGUCGGAAGAUAGAGACGAGGAGGUGGCAGCGUUUUGUCACAUGCUCGACGUCUUGCGCUCGGCGUACCCGCACAGCGACCCAUCAAAGAACGCUGGCUUUGUGUGGUCGCCCUCGGUCGGUCAGGAGGAGCUGCAUCAGGGUCUGGGGGCCAGUGUAAAGGUCACUGUGGUCAGUGAGCACUUCAGAGAACCACUCACCUUUACCUGUGAUGGUUCGUCAACCGUCGACUUGCUCAUAUAUCAGACUCUGUGUUACGCUCAGGACGAUCUGGAUCAUCUGGACGUGGAUGAUUAUCUGCUGAAGGUCUGUGGACACGACGAGUUCUUCAACAACUCUCAGACUCUGGCCGGUGUAGAGUUUGUCCAACAGUGCCUAAAGUUUGACUGGGACGUUCGACUGUGUCUCAUCAAGAGAUCAGCUGUCAACGUGGAGCUGUCCCGCAUGAAAGAAGACGAUGAGAUGGGGUCCACCAUGAACCACAGCAUUCUACUGCAGGAACGUCCAAUCAAACAGACCGUCACCAGGGAGGCUCUGACUCUGCUGCUCGACACGUUUCACAAUGAAGCCGAGUCCUUCCUGUUGUCAGAGGUGGACUUGCCACUGCACGUCGAGCGCCUCGUCCAAUCAGUGAAGGCGCUCUGCAGCUCGUUAGCGGCUGUGGAAACGCCUGAUGUGACCUCUGCCCUCAACCAGCUCCCAGCAUGUCCCUGUCGCCUGCAGCCCAAAGUCCUGAAGGAUGCCUCAGUGCUGGCGGUCAAAGAGAACAGAGAGAAAGUGGUGGAGAAGUUGACGGCGGCCAUCUUGGAUCUAGUGGAGCUGUAUUGCAGCACGUUUAACGCCAACUUCCACACGACGCCACAGAGUCAGUGCUGCAAAGCACCGGUCCAGGAGGCCGGCCUCGUCAACAACGUGUUGUCCUUCAACGUGUACGCAGCCCACAGGAUACCCAUCACCUGGGCCGCUAGCUACGAGGGUUUCUUCCUGUCCUGCUCUCUGACUCACGGAGGGGUGGAGCUCUGUGCGCCACAGCACACCAGCAAACAGUCGGUCAGCAAAUACCUGUUCCACCUGGUGGUGUGGGACCAGAGGGUAUGUUUUCCCGUGCAGAUCAACCAGCUGCCCCGAGAGUCUCAGCUGACGGUGACUCUGUUUGCCAGCUCUCUGCCGCCGCCCCCAGGAGUGGAGGACAAGGGGAAGCAGCGUCGCAGCAUCGAGGCUCUGGGUUGGGUCACAAUGCCGCUCUUCAACUUCAGACAUGUCCUGACAUGUGGCAGGAAGUUACUGGGUCUGUGGCCUUCGACUCCGGGGAGGAGUGGAAACGCUCGGACAAGUUCCCCCAACUUCAGCCAACCAGACAGUGUGAUAGUGCAGGUGGACUUUCCCACCUCGUCGUUCGAGGUUCUCUUCAGUACUCCUCCUCCUGCAGACUUCUGUCCUCAGUAUGACUUCUCCAGACUUGACACCAUCAGUCAGAUCCAGCUGCAGGACGUCCUGCACAAGAAGGCCUUCUUCUGGUUGACGGCAGACGACAAGCGCCUGCUGUGGGAGAAGAAGGCCUUCUGUCAGGCUGAGAGUGCAGCUCUGCCUCUGGUUCUGGCGAGCGCCCCCUGCUGGGAGUGGGCGUGUCUGCCCGAUAUCUACGCCCUGCUGAGACAGUGGGCCUGCCUGGGUCACCUGGACGCCCUCGGACUCCUCCACGCCUCGUUCCCGGACCAGGAGCUGAGGAGGACGGCCGUCCAGUGGAUGGACUCCAUCACAGACCCGGAGCUGCUCGACUACCUGCCGCAGCUGGUCCAGGCUCUGAAGUACGAGUGUUACCUGGACAGCUCUCUGGUCCGUUUCCUCCUGCGGAGAGCCAUUGGGGACGUUCGCAUCGCUCACUACCUCUUCUGGCUGCUGAAGGACAACCUGCAGGACAGUCAGUUCAGCGCUCGCUAUCAGCACCUUCUGGCCGCUCUGCUCUGCUGCGUUGGUCGGAAUCUCCGGGAGGAGUUUGACCGCCAGUGCUGGCUCGUCUCCAUCCUCACCAAGGUGGCUCGCAAAGUCAGAGACGCUGCGCUGUCCAGCAGACAGUCUGUCCUCAGAGAUGGACUGGAUGAGAUGAAGCAGUUCUUCUCCAUGAACAGCACCUGCAGACUUCCUCUCAACCCUGCGCUGCUUGUCACAGGAAUCAACAUCCAGUCAUGUUCCUUCUUCAACUCCAACGCUGUCCCUCUCAAACUGUCCUUCCAAAACCGUGACCCUCUGGGAGACCACGUCAACGUCAUCUUCAAGUCAGGAGACGACCUGCGGCAGGACAUGCUGACUCUGCAGAUGAUCCGCAUCAUGAACAAGAUCUGGAUCCAGGAGGGUCUGGACAUGAGGAUGGUCAUCUUCAAAUGCUUUUCCACUGGCAGAGGACGAGGUAUGGUGGAGAUGAUUCCUCAGUCUGACACACUGAGGAAGAUUCAGGUGGAACACGGGGUCACCGGAUCCUUUAAAGACCGAACUCUGGCCGACUGGCUCCUGAAAUACAACCCCUCUGACGAGCAGUACGACAAGGCGGUGGAGAACUUCAUCUACUCGUGUGCUGGCUGCUGCGUGGCGACCUACAUCCUGGGAAUUUGCGAUCGCCACAACGACAACAUCAUGCUGAAGACCAGCGGCCACAUGUUCCACAUCGACUUCGGGAAGUUCCUGGGACACGCGCAGAUGUUUGGAAACAUCAAGCGGGACCGCGCGCCCUUCGUCUUCACCUCCGACAUGGCGUACGUCAUCAACGGAGGUGACAAACCGUCCAGUCGCUUCCACGACUUUGUGGAUCUGUGCUGCGAGGCUUACAACCUCAUCAGGAAACACGCACACCUGUUUCUCAACCUGCUGGGCUUGAUGUUGUCCUGUGGGAUCCCUGAACUCUCUGACCUGGAGGAUCUGAAGUACGUGUACGACGCACUGAGACCUCAUGAGUCUGAGGCGGACGCCACCAUGUACUUCACCAGGCUGAUCGAGUCCAGCUUGGGCAGCGUCGCCACCAAGCUCAACUUCUUCAUUCACAACCUGGCUCAGAUGAAGUUCGCCUCGUCCGAGGAUCGUCCCACACUGACGUUCGCUCCCAGAGUUCACACGGUGAAGAGCGACGGCCUCAUCAGGAGCCUGUACAUCUGCAGACACAUCCGCUCCGCCAACGCCAGCAAGGCAUACGCCUUUGUGGUGAAGGUGGAACGUGAGGGGCAGCAGGAGGUGCAGCUGGUUCAGAGGACGUUUGAAGAGUUUCAUGAACUUCACAGUAAACUGAGACUCCUCUUCCCUUCAUCCAGACUGCCCGGUUUCCCGAGCCGUUUUGUGAUUGGCCGAUCCCGGGGCGAGGCGAUGGCCGAUAGGAGGAAAGAUGAGCUGAACGGUUACGUCUGGCACCUGAUCCACGCUGCUCCAGAGGUGGCGCAGAGUGACCUGGUCUACACCUUCUUCCACCCACUGCAGAGAGACGAGAGACCAGGAAUAGCAUCCAACAAACCAGCAGAGAUAUCGUGGUCUCCAGUCGCAGGGAAGGAGCUCGGCGAAGUUAAACUCUCCAUCUCCUACAAGAAUGACAAACUUUUCAUCAUGGUGAUGCACAUAAGAGGACUGCAGCCCCUUCAGGAUGGGACAGACCCUGAUCCCUAUGUGAAGCUCUACCUCCUCCCAGAUCCUCAGAAGACCGGUAAGAGGAAGACGAAGGCGGCGCGACGCACCUGUAACCCCACCUACAACGAGAUGCUGGUGUACGAGCGGAUCCCUCGGGGGGACCUGGACCAGAGGGUGAUCCACCUGCGGGUUCUGGGCGAUGGGGCUUUCUGGGAGAACACCCUGCUGGGGGAGACCUUCAUUCCUCUGAAGAAGCUGGUCCCAGGUCAGCAUUGGGUGGACUGGCACCAGCUGGGACCCGUUGCUUCGGACCCCGCUCACUGACGGACAGGAAACCAGAGGUUCAAAGGAAGAGAAGAAGAAGAAACGUGGUUCUCCUCGCAAGGAGGACAGAAGGAAAAAAGGAGAAUUCUUUCCAAGUAAAAGCCAUGUGGCUGAUUCUCCCUCUGUGUGUGAGGGAGUUUAAGGUCAGAGCUCGCUUCACUGACAUCAUCACCGUUCAUUUCAAGGACCUGGACAUUUUAUCACAUUUAAAGAUUUUUUUUUAUUUCUGUCAAUUUUCCUUUGCCUCUUUUAAACUUUUCAAUUCUCUUGAUGUGAAGUGCUAAGUUUAACAGACAAAGUUGUUAUUAAUUUAACACAAAAAUGUGAAAUCUAAUCCAAGUUUUACACAUGAUCACGUUAGUUUAAGAUUUUUACAGACAUUUUACGAAUACAUUUUAAAAAUGUGAUAAUUUAAAUGAGUAGACAGACUCGCUGACACACAUCGAUCACCUGUGGUUUGGUUCUGUCGCGACUGAAGUCGAGGCCGCUCGACCGUUUCUCUCUGCACAUGUCGCUCAGAGGUCGACUAAGGUUUCAUCAGAAGCUCCUUAAUGUCAGAAAAGACAAAAAACUGAUGGUGUGGAGGAUAUUUAUCUGUCCGGACCAUGAAGAGGAAACAUUCACUGUUUAGUAGCUGCUUCUCUUUUUACACUAUUCUACUGUAAUUGCUUCUUUUUUUCCAUCAACUUCCUGCUGAAAACUUCAGCGAAACACUGCAUCACACUAAACAAGCUUUUGGCCAUUUGAGUUUAGUUUCCAGGAUUUUCCAGGAUUGGAAAGCUGCAUUAAGAAAUUCCAGUCACAUCUUCUCCGCAGUCUUUUUUUUUUGUCCUGGGAAUAAAAACUUGAGUGAGUAGAAGCUCACACUAAGAAUUUUAACUUGUGUAUGUGAAUGUUCGGAGCUUUUUACUUUAGCACUAAAAUGUGGCGAAGAGUCAGGUGGCCUGGAACAGACGGAGACUGAGAAUAUUUUUUUACAGUGUGGAUGUGGAUUUGGUUUUGAGGCUUUGAGGGUCUGACGUGUACAAGGUCUUAAGGUCUUCAAUCCUGACAGAAUCCUGGAGAAGUGAUUUUUUCCCCUCUCUGCUCUUUUCACUCCUGCUCUAUCUGUGCUCUCUUUGACUUCUCGCUUAAUCUUCGUGGUGAUUUUUCAAAACCUCCUCUCUGGGUUUUUAUGAUCAGGCUGCGAGUGAAUCGUGAAUGAAACGCUGAUUUAUUUUCCUGCAAGUUUUUUUUUUUUUUUUUUUUUUUGUUGCGCUGUAGACGAGAUGAACUGAGGGGAACAAACUGCACCGAUCUGCUCUGUUCACCGCUCUUCUCCACACAAAAACUGCUGACGUAUUCAAAAUGAAGUCGUCUUCACCUUUUGACCUUUACGUUCUCGUUUUCGUCUGUUCGCUGCAGCCGAGGCUCAACACUUACUCUGAAUCUGAGAGCACACAUGACCUACACUCAGUCCUGUACCUGAACACAUCCUGACACAGGACUGUUAUGUAGUUAUGAUUGGUAAUACGGUAAUUAUCGUGUUUGUACGAUAACACAGGCCUUGAUAUACAAUAUAACUGCAUUAACCCUUGAAUGUUGGCUAAUUUUCACGUCAUCCUUUCAUAGUUUCUUCUGUAAGAGGGAAAUAUUUUGUAGAGAAACUUGAUCGUGGAUCACUGACUCUGAUUGGUGUAAAACCUUAGAUAUUCUGAAAGAUGCAUUCAGAUCGAGACCAGUCCCAGACCCCCUCAAAACUAACUAAAAAAAGUGGAUUUAGUCUUUAAUCACAGUUUAAAUAGUUCUGUAAAAACUGCAGUUUUUCUAACCGAGUCUGGUGAAACCUUGCGUGAAGAGUCUGAGCUGCAGCUGAAAGGCGAAAACAGAGAUGAUGGUCACGUGUUGGAGACGAGUGGUGUGCAGUACAGGUGGUGAGUCUGACCCUUGACCCCUGAGACUACAGGGACAGAAUGUAAGUUCAAAAUGAACUGAAACUUUAUUUGUACUGAGCAAACUGACGUUAAUAAAAAAUGUGAAAAAUAUUUUCCCGCUGCAGUUUAGUCGGAGCCACCGUUCCAAUGUAGAUUCACACUUAUAGAGAAGCUGUUAUUAAUGUCUAACUUUCAUUUUGGAACAUGUUUUGUAUUAUUUGCACUAAAAAAAUAAACUUGAAUUGAAAAAAAUUA